CCAAAAAUCAUCCUACAUACUAUCCUCCCCGUCAGCUUCCGACCCCCUAGCAUUUAUGAUGACGACCCCCAACCGCGGAAUUUCUCUGCACAUCACCAUCCACAUCGAUCCGGAAAACCUGCCUAAGUUCUGGGAAGCCUUCCAACCAGUGUACGAAAAUGUCAUCGCCGAGCCCGAGUGUACGUUUUUCGAGGUCUAUCAGUCGCCCGAGGAGCCGGGCACUCUAUCCUGGGUUGAGAAUUGGUCACAAACUCCCGAAUGGCUCUUUGGAGUCCAGAUACAGAAGCCCUACUACAAGGAUUACCUGGCCAUCACUGAGCCGAUGUUCAUCAAGCCCCGCGAAGCAAAAAUUCUCAACCGGGUCGGGGCGCCUUAUCUGAUGAUCAAGUCUACGAAUCAUGUUUAGAGAUUAUGAAAUGCAUGC